AUGGAACCAGAAGAUUUCAUAAAGCUUAGACUUGAGUAUCUAUCUAAGAAAAAGCUGAUAUUGCACAUAUCAUUAUUUUUAUGUGUCUUUUUAGGAUGUGCAAUUGCAUCAACUUCCACUCCUCAAAUGAUUUACUACUCCAGUGUAAUUGUCGAUGAUUGUGAGCCUGGCAAUAAUGAUCCAAAUUGUUUCAAUUAUACUGGAAAUGUGCAAACAUGGAGUGGCGUAAUUUCAGGUGUGAGUACAUAUAAUCAAGUACUUUUUCUGACAGCAACUCCAGAAACAAAAGAAAAUGUUGAAUUUGAUUUGGAUUUGCGAGUAAUUUUAAAAGGAAAAAAUUGAAAGAAGUCUGCUCAAUAUCCAGUGAUAGACUCAAGAAGUGUCAAAACAAUAGACUGUUUGCAAGGAGAAUGUAACAGCUUGAUGAUUUUCUAUGAGCCAUACUUAAAUUACAAAAUAUAUAAUGUGUCAAUAGAAGUUUAUUCCCCUAUCGCUGCCGAAGAUAUUAAAUUUGACUUGGGCUACAUUUCACCAAAAUUCACCCGCUUUCAACUCAUGAUAAAAUCAUGAUUUCUUGCAUUUUCUCUGUCAUCUCUGGUUUAUUUUCUCUCUUGCUCCCCUUCUAAAAAUGGAACAAAAUCCUGCUCCAGUUUAAAAGGGUUAAUUUAUUUAUAAAUCGUUAACAAUUAAAAAACUAAUAUUUUAAAUUUUAAAUCAUUUGAAGAAUAAUUCAAAAAAUUGAUCGAUUCAGUGUGAAAGAUGUUUAAAUAAUAUUUUACUUACUCCCCCCUCCGUGAGUGAACAAAAAAAAUUUUGUUCACUCACGAUGGGGGUUAUUUUUUUUUUUUAAAACAAAUUUAUAUAUAUAAAUUUUAUAAAAAAAUACUUUUUUUCGAAAUUUAAAAAAAUCCUAAUUCGCAAAAAUUGGAAAGCAAAUAUUAAUUCAAUUUGCAAAAUUUAUGUUUUAAAAAGCAAUUCGUUUAAAAUUAAACAGAAUUAGCUCAACAUUUAAUUAUGCUAAUUAUCAUUUAUAUAUUAAAAAAAUUUUUGUUCACUCACGGAGGGCGGGUUUUUGGUCAAAAAAAUAGGGAUUUUUCGAAUGGUUUUUUUCACUCACAGAGGGGGAGAAGUUACAUUUUUUUUUUAACUAUUUUAUAAAAAUUUUACAUAUAAAAUUUUUUAUUGAAAAAUAAAAAUGUUAAAGUAUCCAAAAAAUGGAAAUUUUACUUUUAUUUUAUUCCAAUUUAAAAGAGGAAGAGCUACAGACCUCAAAGAUUCCAUCAUAUUUAUGAAAUUUCGACGCAAAAAUGGUAUACAGCCUUCACCUCACCAAAAACAGCAAGAAAAACUCUCUUAAGAGAGGAAUCUGGCUUAUAGAAUAACCUUUUGGUUUACGAAAAUGGCUCUUCGUUAACCAAAAUGCCAUCAUUCAAGCCGAUUCCUCCGAUCAACUAGUUUUUCUUGCUGCUUAUGGUGAGGAUAAGGAUGUAUAGCAAUUCUUGGACUUUCUUUAGUUUUAUUCAAUGAACCUUUAUUAUUAUUCUCUAUCGAUUAUCCACACCACAUUUGGAGCUUUAUUUCUGUAUUUUGUGCGACACAAUUUGUGGGCUGCUUACUUUAUUUCUGAAUGGCAGAGUUUCAAAGCUAUAAGCAGUUCAAAAAUCAAUGGAUUUAUUUUAUCGCUGAGGCCAUAUUAGUUGGUGCCUUUUUUAUUCUUUUAUUCAUUGUGUAUUGUUAUGUCCAUUUGCAGCUAAAAUAUGAUCCAUCUUACGACUGGCAAAACGAUUUUAAAACCAGCUAUAGAAAUGCAUUUAUAAUUUAUACACUAUAAUAGAUCGCUAUACUUAUCAGAACACCAACCAGAAAAAAUAUGGUAAAAUACACUUGUCUUAUAGCAUCUUAAAACUAUAGACAAAGAUUUAUUAUUUUUAUUUUUACUUUUCUAAAAAGCUGACAAGUACAAAUUAAUUUAAAAAAUUAAAAUGGAUGUCCAAUAAUGAUCUAAAAGACUUCAAAAACUAUAUCGCGGCGAUUGCAUUUUUAAGCAUCAUUGGUAUAUGGAUUCUCUACCUCUGCAUAAGAGCAAUUCCUGCAAUCAGAAAAUUCACAGCGAGGAAGAGAUUUAUCAUCAAGCUAAAUUUUUGCAUGAUGGUGAUUUCCUUUUUUGGGGUUGGAAUAGGUGCUUUUCAGUCUAUUCCACGGAACGGAGAGCUUAUGCUUGUAUAUGUAGCUGCACUAAAUCUCUAUGUAGUUCUAUUAGAAUGGCUAUAUACUCCUGAAAGGAGGUCAAUAGAAGAAUUCAAUAAGACCCAAGAAUAUGAUUAUGCACAAUUAAGCCACCCUAAAAGAGAAAUUGAGAUGACAGAAAACACAUUUGGGGAGAGUAAGGAUAAAAAUUAA